UGAUACCUGUUCAGAUACCACAACCAGAAAGUCAUGUCUGGAAUCAAAGGAAAACCAGGAUUUAAACAACCAAAUCCUGUCCAACCAAUCCUGGAGCCACAGCCUAUCUGUGAAGACAUAGCGCAAGUUACUCCACAACCUCCUGCUCCUUGUCCUGUGCCUGUGACACCACAGCCUUGUGCACCUGUGCAAGUUACUCCACAACCUCCUGCUCCUGUGCCUGUGGCACCACAGCCUUGUGUCCCCGUGCAAGUCACUCCACAACCUCCUGCUCCUGUGCCUGUGGCACCACAGCCUUGUGCACCUGAACCCACUGUUAACCAGGAGAAGAAAGGAUGCAAAAAGUAAAGUGAAUGUCUCAGAUGAAGAUGGGGUUUCCUCUACCACUAUACACCCUACUGCAAAAGAAUUGUUAAUUUAAUUUCAUUAAAAUUAUUUUGUUUCUGUUAGAUAUGACUUGAAACAUUAA